CCUCGCCCGCCGUUUGCUUCAAGUCCUUCCGGGGCCAAGUAGGUAGCGCCGCCUCUUCAGCCGGCCGAAGCCCGGGGCUGAGAGCCACGCUGGGAGGCGGGCGGCCUAGGAGGGACGCUGCAGUCCCAGCCUCACUUCAGACCCUCCCUCAGGGGGCGCUCCACUUUUCCCAGCGUGCCUUUCGCUGAUAGCCCCGAGGACUUCCGGAGCGGGGUGACGUCUCCAGCGUUCGUACCGGCGUGAACUCCAGGCGGGGCCUGCAGGUUCGGGGGCGGUGAGCGGCGUUAAAUUCUAGGCGGAGAUUCUUUGAUGAAAAAAGAUCUGAGAGAGGAUCGGGACAGGCAGUUAACUAAAAGGAAUCUGUCCCAUUGCUGCAACCAAACCAAAUGCCUUCUAUUUCACCAGACCAAGGAGAUGAUCUGGAGGCCUGUGUUUUAGGAUUUUCAGACUUGGAUUUGAAAGACACAAGUCUUACCAAUCCCAGUAGCAGCCUCAAAGCAGAGCUAGAUGUCAAUACAAAGAAGAAAUACUCAUUUGCAAAGAAAAAGGCAUUUGCCCUUUUUGUCAAAACCAAAGAAGUUCCAGCACCUUCUUAUAAAUGUAAAGAACUAUGGUGGAAAUGCUGUCAGCAGCUGUUCACGGACCAGACCAGCAUCCACAAACAUGUGGCAACACAACAUGCUGAUGAGAUUUGCCACCAGACUGCUUCUAUUUUAAAGCAGCUGGCUGUGACAUUGAGCACCUCAAAGAGUCUUAACUCUGCCGACAAAAGGAACUCCCUAAAAGAGUACCUUACUCCAAACCAUGAAGUGUCUACAUGGCUCCCUGAUGUUAGUUGCUUUAGCCCUGAUGAGCUGAUAAGUGGCCAGGGCAGUGAUGAAGGAGAGGUGCUACUUUAUUACUGCUACCGUGACCUGGAGGAUCCCCAUUGGAUCUGUGCCUGGCAGACAGCUCUGUGUCGGCACCUGCACCUCACAGGCAAGGUGCGCAUUGCUACAGAAGGAAUCAACGGGACAGUUGGUGGAAGCAAAUUGGCCACCAGACUCUAUGUGGAAGCCAUGCUUUCCUGCCCGUUGUUUAAGGAUUAUCUGUGUAAGGAUGAUUUUAAGACCAGCAAAGGAGGAGCUUGCUGUUUUCCAGAAUUGCGUGUUGGUGUAUUUGAAGAAAUUGUGCCUAUGGGGAUCAGUCCCAAUAAGAUCUCCUACAAGAAGCCUGGAAUCCACUUAUCCCCAGAUGAAUUUCAUAAAGAAGUAGAAAAGUUUUUGUCUCAGGGAAAUCAAGAACAAAGUGAUACUAUCCUACUGGACUGCAGAAACUUCUAUGAAAGCAAAAUAGGCCGCUUCCAGGGCUGCUUGGCCCCAGACAUCAGGAAAUUCAGUUACUUCCCUAGCUACGUGGACAAGAAUCUAGAACUUUUCAGAGAGAAGAGGGUACUGAUGUAUUGCACUGGGGGCAUCCGUUGUGAGCGGGGUUCAGCUUAUCUCAAAGCCAAGGGAGUGUGCACGGAAGUGUUCCAGCUCAAGGGUGGCAUCCACAAGUACCUGGAAGAGUUUCCUGACGGUUUUUACAAAGGGAAGUUGUUUGUUUUUGAUGAGCGUUAUGCCUUGUCCUACAACAGUGACAUAGUGUCAGAAUGUUCAUACUGUGGGGCCCCAUGGGACCAGUAUAAACUCUGCUCCACUCCCCAGUGCCGCCAGCUUGUCUUGGCCUGCCCCUCCUGCCAAGGACAGGGAUUCACAGCCUGUUGUGUCACAUGUCAAGACAAAGGGAGCAGGCCCACUUCAAGCCCUACCCAGAACAGCUUUAAAGAAGAAUGUGAGUGCACAGCCCGACGGCCACGCAUACCCAGUGAACUUUCACAGCGGCAGCAGGCACAGCCCCUCGUGAGUCCAGAGCCAAGGCCCAAUGUUGAGGACGGGCCCUGCUUGUGUGAGCAGCACCUUCAGCAUUUCCUUAAGCCUUCACAAAGCUAGGUGAGGUGACCAUGUAUUGGAGAAUAUCAAGGCUGCAGCAACAGAGAAAUGGGGAACUUCGUUGCUGGCCAAUUCCAGCGUGGCACACUGGUCGCCAUAUUGGCCACCUAUACUUCAUAAGAGGAGGGAAGAGGGAGUUGGUGCUGACCACUUACCUAAGACAUUCUGACACAAGAUGCUAGAGCACAGAAAAAGGUGAGCCGUGUGGGAUCCCAAAGCAGCUAAGGGAUAGAGCCUUGAGCUUGGGAACCAGGUCAUGCCCUUUCUGUGCCAUGCAUCAGGGCUGGUAGUAGUCAUUUUUCUUGUCACCUAACCUGUCUGUACCAGUGAUAAACAUGAAAGUUGUGGCCCUGGAAGUGGACUCCUUAGAACCAGUCCUCUUGGGCCACCUGCCACCCACCCAUAUUGUCACCUCGUCUCUGUUAGCCGGGGCACACUAGACCAGGAUCUGAAGACUAUGGCAUUUGGCCCAUUGCUUGCUUUUGUAAAUAAAGUUUCAUUGGAAUAGCUACA